AUGCAGGGAGAUAAAAGAGUGAAGAAGCCAGUAAUUGCCUUAAAGAUCAGACUACAAAGCAUUACUUUGGAUUUUACAAGGCCAGCCAGCAACAAAAGAGCAGUAAUUUAUGAGCUCAAGGGAACUUCUCUGGAGGAGCAAGUGCGAAGGAUAAAGGACAUUGAGGCCAUUGAGAGUGAUUCCUUUGUUCCUCAGGCUUUCAAAUCAUCCCGGGAUGACAUAAAGCUUGAACCAGUGGAGGUGAAGCAGGAGACAGAGACGGUACCUUGUCAUGACAUCUCUAUUCCCACAUCCAUAGUCUACAAUGACAGUGACACCCUCGCUCAUCCUAAUCUGUUUAUGGCCAAAGAGAAGGCUGAAGAGCUGUGGCUGAACAGGCUGAUCGCACUGCGACAAGAGAGGUUGAUGGGAAGUCCAGUGACUUGA